UUUAUGAAAAAAAGCAAACUUCUUCACAAUAUAUGUAGUAGCAGUGGAUUUUAUAAUUUGUUGUUUUCAAUCAGUGACAAUGAAAUCGAAACUGUUGUUUUUGGUGUUAGUGACAUUUGUUGCCUAUGUGCAAAGUGAAAUUACGGUAAAUGUUUACUCUACUCAUUGGCAAUCAGAAGAAGCAGUUAUUCUAUCAAUCGAAAACUUAAAGAGUGUUAUCUCAAAUAAUACCUACGGGGUGAAAAUUAAAAACCAGACUAUUGCAAAAUUACCUAGCGGAUUGUUGGAAGGAGUGACCAUCACCGAAAUAAAAAUCGAGCAUACCCAAUUAAAACACAUUGAGUCCGGUGUGCUGAAGGGAACCAAUAUUAACAGAAUUGAGUUACCCUACAACAAGAUUGAAACUGUCAAAAAAGGCGUCUUCAACGAAAGGUCAUUAUGGGAACUUAAUCUAUCGAACAACCAGAUUUCCACCAUUGAGGAUGAUGCUUUCGAUUCAUUGGAAGUGAAUUCUCUACACCUGAAUGACAAUAAUCUUGAAAAAAUUACAGCAGGUAUAUUUCAUAAUACUAAAGUUGGAGUCUUAGAUUUGACCAAUAACAAAAUUAAAAAAGUCGACGUUAAUGCUCUAAAUCAGAUACCAAGUCUCGUGUACGUUUAUCUAAAUAACAACCUUAUUAAAGAUCUUGGAGUAAUUUUCUCUAAAUUGGACACUGUAAAUACUCUUAAAUUGGCAAACAAUACAAUUGAAGUUAUUGAACCAAAUAGUUUUGCUGGUUCCAAGCUAAACCGAUUAAAUCUUCAAGAUAAUUUUAUAAAAGAGUUAAAAACAAACUCUUUCAUUGGCUUAGACUUGAAUUAUUUGAAUCUUAGUAACAAUCAAAUUUCAUCAAUGGACAGUGACGCUUUAGCUGAUCAUCGAGGACUUUAUAUGAUUAUUCUCUCACAUAACCAUAUUGGAAAUUUGAAAUCAAAAUUUCUUAAAGGUAUAAACUCACAACAUGCAACUUUGUGUUUAGAUAACAACAAUAUCGUUAAUAUAGAGCCUGGAGCAUUUAACGAAAUUGUCGUUAACAGUUUGAAAUUACAAGAAAAUAAAAUUGAAAUUAUUAAGAAAGGAGUCUUUAAUAAAAAGAACUUCGACUCCCUAAAUUUGGAAAAAAAUAAAAUCUCAAAAAUCGAAGAUGGGGCACUUGAAUAUUUGGUUGUAAACAGUCUUACGCUUUCCAAAAAUCUACUGAGUACUCUCAAAAAAGAUGCAUUCCUUGGUGUUAAAAUCAGUACUCUUAAAUUAGAUAAUAAUCAAAUAAAUAAAAUUGAAAACUCUACUUUCCAUCAAAUUAAUGAUUUGAAAACUCUAGACCUCAGAAAUAACAGAAUUGAAGAAAUUACAAAUUUGUUUAGCUAUUUAGAAAAAUUGAACGAUCUUAACUUGGACAACAACCUAAUUAAAGUACUUUACCCUAAUAACUUUGUAGGCUCCAAAAUAUCUACUCUUUCUAUUAAUAAUAAUCAGUUGGUGGAAAUCGGUAAGGGAGUUUUUAAUGGUGUUCCAUUUAAGUCUAUCUCUCUUAUUGGUAACUUGAUAUCUACAAUUAAAGAAGGCAGUUUUGAUGAUACAGAAGAACUUCGUAACUUGAAACUUGGAAGCAACAAAAUUGGCGAUUUAACGCCAGAUUCUUUGGGAACACUAAACAACAAAGAAUUAGAAUUAAGUCUUGACGAUAACGGCAUUUCUAAUAUUGAAACCAAUUCAUUCAGCAAAGUUAAAUUACUUUCAUUGAAACUUCAUAACAACUCUUUAACCGCCAUUAAAAGAGAUACAUUUAAGGGUGCAGAAGUCGGUUUUAUUAGUUUGCCCAAAAACAAGAUCUCUAGCGUAGAAGAAAAUGCUUUUGAAGACGUUAAGGGACUGAAUUUAAUUGAUUUAAGCUUUAACAAUCUAUAUGUGUCAGUUAGUUCCAAUUCAAAACAUAUCAACUUUUUCGUUACCUCUGGAAGUGCCUUAGGCAAAUACAGUAGUGAAACUUUAAACACUUUGAUUCAGGCAUCACAUGGAAGUAAAGUCAAUUAUUAAUUACACAAGUAUAAAAAGACUGCUUGUAUAGAUAUUAAACAUUUGGAUAUUUUUACUGUAGAAAAUUUAGUAGGUAUCCCGCUUAAAUUCCUCUUCUUUUUUAUGUAUUUGGCUUGGACUUAUAGUCAUUCAUCCAGUAUUCCUAUUCUUAAAUUGAUAGAUAUUAAAAAUACCGUUUUAAAUUUUUUACUAUGUUGUAGAAUUGUUUUUUUUAUAAGAAAAAUAAUUUUUUUGUUUUAUUUGCAAAACAUCUCUAUAAAGUAAUUUUUCGGUUAUUAUACGUAUGCAAAUAUUUUCCUUCUUCUAAUUUAAAAUAUGAAAUUGUUAAUGUUUAAAAAUCCGACGUAUUAUGUUCAAUGUUUUUAAUUGAAAAUUUUGUUUAGGCAAUUAUUUCGUAGAUAUGCAUUUAUAAACAAUUAAUUAUUAUACAAGGUGUAACAAAAAUACAGGUCAUAAAUUUAAUCACAUAUUCUGGGAACAAAAAUAGUUCGAUUGAACCUAAUUUACCUUAGUACAAAUGUGCACAUAAAAAAAGUUACAGCCCUUUGAAGUUACAAAAUGAAAAUCGUUUUUUUUUAAUAUAUCGAAAACCAUUGGAGAUUUUUUAUUGAAUAUGAACAUGUGCCAUUAUUAUGGUAGUAGUAUCUUAAGAAAAAAUUGUAGUGAAAUUUAGACACCCCAUAAAAAAUUUAUGGGGUUUUGUUCCUUUAAACCCCCCAAAUUUUUGUGUACGUUAAAAUUUAAUUAUUAUUGUAGUACCAUUAGUUAAGCACACUGUUUUAAAAAUAUUGUUGCCUCUUAGUACUUUUUCGAAAAGUCAGUUUUUAUCGAGAUAUUUUGCAUAUUUGUCAAAUCCACUAAAUAUGUAUUUGUAUAAUAAGGCUAAGUACGAUUAUGGAGACUUGAUAAUAAUAGGAAAAUUUAUUUAUGAUUUACAUUUUUAGGUAUAUUUUGAACCAUAUUAACCUUUAACUACCCGCGCAUCAAGUUAUAACAUAACUACACGCGUGGCGUACUUUAUACGCCACAAGAAAAUACACUUAAAAACAGCGGAUUCCUUAAUUUUUUUUUUAAAUACACUUAGUUGUUGUUAUAAACCUUAUUCGGCAUUAGCGAAUACUUGGAGUUCUUUCUCAGUAAGCCAAUUGGGAUUUAUAACUGGAAUCUGAUUCCAUGAUAAAUAAAAUUACUAAUAAAAAAUUUUUUGAAAUGUGAUUUUUUACAUGAGAAAAAGCAUUGUUUAUAAAGAAAUAGCUAUUUGUAUAACAAGGGAGGAAAUUGCUACUUUUCCUCCCGAGAAUGAAGUGGGCAGUAAUCAUUCAAGGACGGAAAAGGAACUUUACUCCCAUGUUAUACAUAUGGUUUUUCCACCUUCCUCAAAUAACAAGUCAUUUUUUCAUUUUUACUUAAUUUAUUUAUGUACUAACCAACAAAAUUUAUUAGAACUAAAACUAACAAGUAGGUACAAUAUAACUGUCAACUGUCAAAUAUCAGUCAAAUUAUUAAUGUAAAAAUUGUUAAAUCAGAAUAACAAUUUACUGUUUUUUACCAUUCUGCAAAAUACAGAGUGUUUUUAAAUAAACGUUGAAAUGUAUAAAUACUUACGUAAUAGAAAAUAGAUAUUGUACAGGGCGUCAAUAAGUUAUAUUUCAUGAAUGAAAUACUGUAACGUCACUUUUACUUUUCCUCCCUAGGGAGGAAAAAUAUUUUCCUCCCUAGGGAGGAAAAGUACAAUUUUGCUCCCUACAAUCAGUUCCAGAAAAGUAUACUUUCGGUAGAGGUAGGUGGAAAAAUAUAUUUUGUGCCAUAAUGACUUAAAAAAAAUUGAAAGAUGUACUUAUAUUACUACUUAUAUUACAAUAUUCGUGGCGUAUAUUGUGCACCACCGAAAACAACAAAUAAUAAAAUGUAAAUUACGAUCUUCCCAGAAUGGGGAUUAUAACGAAACUAAAACCACUUGUAAAGCACAUUCCAGUGAUAGGUUAGGUAGAUAAACAAGGUCAAAAAUUAAAUUUUUAAAUAUAUUUGCAGUAGAAUUCUUAUAUUUGGCGUACAAAAUACGCCAGCGCGUGUAGUUAAAGGUUAAAAAAGAAGCCACAUCUCGAUAAAAGUUGCCUUAUCGAAAAAAUACAAAGAAGCAAAAAAAAAUUAAAAACAGUGUGUUUAACUAAUGGUGUCGCAGUAAUAGUAUAAUUGGAACGUACACAACUAUUUGGGGGCUUUAAAGGAACAAAAUCCCCAUAAAAUCUUUAUGUAAACAUAUUAGAAAAGAAGCCGCAACUCGAUAAAAACUGCCUUGUCGAAAAAAUACUAAGAGCCAAAAAAGUUUUAAAAAUAUUGGAUUUAACUAAUGGUAUCACAAUAAUAAUUUAAUUGGAACGUACACAAAAGUUUGGUGGGGGGUUUAACCCUUAAAAACGCCCAAGGGUGGGUAAAAAAUGUCCACCUAAUGCGUAUUCCCUAGUAACAUAUUUAUUACGUGUUUAAAAAUUUUCAAAAAAUUAUUUAUUGUUAAAAAGACAGCUCUUUAUCGAAUGUUAAUUUGGUCCUACCGAUAUUUUUGAAAAUAAAAGUAGCAUCUUGAGUUAAAUAUGGGUGGGCAUAAAAAGUACACCCUUGGUAAAACUUGUUACUAAAGGAUUCUAUAUAAUUUCUCGUUGAUAGGAAGAUAAUCCAUAUAAUUAUCAACGUAUAAUUACAUAAUCUACACAAUUAUCCGCCAAUGAGGAGGUUGAAAGGAAGAAUAUGGAGAAAAUCGACAAAUCUGACUUACUGGCUUUUACUAGUAUGUUAAUUUUGAUGUACUUUGUAAUUUUGUUGUAAGGUUUGUAAAUUGUUUAUAUUAAUAUUUUAGACAAUGCUGUGUUUAUGAAGCAUAAGAUUCUUAAGCUUAACCCAUUUCCAACAACUCUGAAUAAAUAUAUUAGCUAUUUUCGAGGUGGACAUUUUUUACCCACCCUUGGGCGUACAUGGAACCUAAAAAAGGUUGGGCGUUUAAGGGUUAAGGGAACAAAACCCCCAUACAAUUUUUAUGGGGUGCACAAAUUUCAUAAUAAGUUUUGUUUAAGAUAUUCCUGCCAUAAAAAUGCCACAUGCCCAUUUUCAAUAAAAAAUCUCUAAUAGUUUCGAUAUAUUCGAAAAAAUCGAUUUUCAUUUUCUAACUUCAAAGGACUGUAACUUUUUUUAUGUGCAUAUUUGUACUAAGGUAAGUUAGGUUCAUUCGAACUAUUUUUGGUCUCAGAAUAGGUGAUUUAAUUUAUUACCUGUAUUUUUGUUACACCCUGUAUAUCUUUUUUUUAUUUAAACGCAAAACAACAUCAAUCGCUUAGGUGUAUUAGUGGAUAGUGGAUAUUAUGUUAGUUUGAAAAUAAUGUACCAUUGUUUGUAUCUUAUACUAAAUAAAAAUUACAGCUUGAAUAUA